GAUACUCCAGCGGAACCAUCAUCUUAAAUACUAUAAAAAUGGCCUCCCACAGUCAGUUGAGAAUAACCGUUUGGCUCUGUGUGGUUUUAACCAUAAUCCUGGAUCAACAAUUUACCGCAGAGGCUCGCGUGCGAGACCUGUGCCAGAUGGUGCCGAGCACUAAUGGAGUCUGUGGACCCACUACCGUGGGAAUCUAUUACGAUCCUGAGUUGCAACGUUGUCAGUACAAGGGCUGCAGCAACAGAAGACUCUUUGGAAGUCUGGAAGAUUGCGACAAGAUUUGCAACAAUCCGCGACACGUGAAGCGCCGCAACCAAGCAAAGGCCAACGAAACUUCGCAUUGAACACACAAUAUAGAUACAUAGGGAAACUCUGUUGCUCAUUUUAAAUAUGCUUGCAAAAUAUUCAGACUGAGUUUAAAAUGAACCAAGCUUGCAAAUUUGAGUGUAGAACUGGAGUGUUAUAUACCUUAAGGAUUAGAACUACCUUGUUUACCCUUUGCGAAGCAGCAAGCAUUUGUUCCCUCUGUUUAUAUUUAUGAAUAUCUACAUUACUUCUUCUACAUUUAAACAAAAUUUCAAAUUUUAGAAUAUAUUUUUUAGUUUUUAAUUAACUUUAGCUUGAAAUUCAAACUUGUAAAUUUAACUUUUGCAGCAUAACUUGAUUUUAAGUGUUAGAAUACAUAAGAUUAAUUCAAACCAACGAACUACUUAUCUAAGACGUUAUCUAAAUAAUACAACAUUGAAUGUAUAUUAUAUAAUAUAACCAUCAGUUCGUAGAUAUACAUUUAUUUCACUUUAA